UAAAUAUGUAAUGAUGUUUUAAAAUACGGUCUAAAACCGAGCUAUAGUAGCCAAACAGUCCGGGUCUAUCUCAGAUGUAAAACACAGAGGAUGCAUAUAUAUAUAUAUAUACAGGGUCUAACUGGAACGUUAAUGGAGGUGGAAACAACGUCACCAUCUGGCCUUCCGAACAAUGUUUGCUGGGAACUCACAACGUACUUGGUUUUGAGACUUUUUGAGAAAACAUGUCCUACUAUGGGACCACCUCCUCCUUUUCACUUCUGCCUCCUCCAUGUUUUGGACCGCGGUCAGACCAGCCGUCCCUAAAGUUGCAGUGCACCCGUAUUCUGACCUUUAUGGUAAAAGCACUGAAACGGCAGUAGGCGGAGAGGCGCUGAGACCUGGACCGCUGCGCCUCCUUCCCGCCCCCGGGACCCCAUUCAUCCUACGGACAAACGCUCCAUCUCCUGCUGACAUUGUUACAACAUGUGAAAGACAACCAGUGAGCAUUUCGACGAGCUGUUGGAGCUGUAGUUCUUUUGAGGGAUCGAACGGGAGACGACCAGCAAGCUACAGAGGGAGCCGCCAGAGUCCCUGCCGCGCGGACACGAUGAGCAGCGUCCGCCUCUCUCUCCAGGUGCUGCUGCUGUGCGGACUCCUCAGGGGCAGCAGCAGCUGCUACCUGGGUCCUGCAACUUUGAGCUGGGUACCUGUAGUUACACAUCAGAUCCAGAGUAUGGCAGCUGGAACAUGAAUGAAGAAGGACAUUUGAUAACAGUGGACUCAGCCUUCUUACACGACCAGGAGCAGGCAGUUCUUGUCAGUCCAGUUCUGUACCAGCAGGACUGGAGCUGUGUGAGGCUGGUGUACCAGAUCACUGGACGGGGUUCCCUGCAGUUCCAUCUUAGACCAGACGGUGAUAACUUUGACUACCGACUCUGGACUGCCAACAAAGCCUCUGACAGCUGGCUCAUUGCUAGUGUGGACCUACCCAACACCACAAUCCCCUACCAGGUUUUGCUGGAAGGUCGACCUGAACAUGGCUCAGGGAACAGUGUGGCCAUCUUUGAAAUUCACAUUGUUCCUGGUUAUUGCAUUGAGUGUAAUUUUGAGGAGCAUCACCUGUGUGGCUACAGUAACAACUGGAACCCAAAUGUCAACUGGUAUGUUGGGGGGAGUGUGGCCAGAGAGCCUGAGUCUAACCUGCUUUUAAACCACACCAACAAUAACCAGAGAGGCCACUACAUGUAUGUGGACUCUGUGUACGCCAAGCACUUCCAGGAAGUGGCCAAGCUGACUUCACCCAUGACUACGGUGCCCAUGACAGGCUGCCUGUCCUUCUACUACCACCGAGACCAGGAGAGAGGAAACAUCUUUUCAGUUUUCACCAGAGACCAGCUGGGCCACUAUGAGGAGAUCUGGAGGCCAGAGGUGUAUGCUACCACUGGCUGGACUCUGGUCAGCGUUGACAUCAAGGCCCCACACCCCUUGGAGGUGGUGUUUGAGGUGGCUUUUAACAGUGCCAGAGGUGGAUACGUUGCCAUAGAUGACAUCUCCUUUUCCCCUGAAUUCUGCCACACUGACACAGAGCCGACCUUUGACCCCUCUAUAGCCAACUGUGACUUUGAGAAUGGGCUGUGUCUGUACUAUCAGGAGAGAGCGGAGAGUAAGGUGUGGAGCAGAGUUUCAGUCAAGCCUAAUGCCUACAGGAUAGGAGACCAUACCAUAGGAACAGGUUGUUUCCUCCUGGCAAACACUCGUUUCACUUCGAGGCCUGGUUAUGUGGGUCGGCUACAUGGUCCCUUUUUACCGGGGAACCACAAAUACUGCCUGAGAUUCUACUACCUGCUUCAUGGAUUUAGGAAAGUAGACAAUGCUCUAGGUCUUUACAUUUAUGACGAGAACAAUGUGGCCCUUGAGAAGGUAUGGAGCCUGGCUGACACUUCUAGGGCUGUAUGGACUGAGGUGGAGAUCACCUACAUGAAGCCCAUGCUUUCCAAGGUAGUAUUUGUCAGCAUAUGUAAGAACUUCUGGGAAUGUGGCCUGGUAGCCAUCGAUGACAUCACUUUCAGCCUGGGGGACUGUCAAAUCACAGCAGGCUCCCUACCAGGCCAGUGUAACUUUGAAAGUGGAGUCUGUGGCUACAUCCAGGAUAAGAAAGAAGACAAAGCUGACUGGCUGCGAGUCCGAGGACACACCCCCACCUCCUAUACAGGGCCCAGAGGAGACCACACUACUGGGGUGGGUUACUUCAUGUACAUCGAGGCGUCACUCAUGCGUCCAGGUCACAAAGCUCGGCUACUGACCUCUGACCUGCGGGGCUCCUCAUCCCCUCAGUGUUUGAUCUUCUACUACCACAUGUAUGGAUCUGGCACUGGCCUACUGAGCGUGCUUCUGCGCCAUAGCAGCGGAGAGCAGGACACGCUGCUGUGGAGACGGCGUGGUGAGCAGAGCGUCAGCUGGAUGAGGGCAAUGGUGGACUACCACUGUGAUGUCCGACACCAGAUUAUAUUUGAAGCCAUCCGAGGCCCAUCACUACGAAGUGAUAUCGCUAUUGAUGACAUCCGUUUUAAAAGGGGACCAUGUGAAGAUCCUGGUGACAUCACCCCAUACUCAGGCUUCUCAGAGUAUUUCAAUGAGAUUGAGAACUGAGACUGGCGAGGAGUCUUUCUAUAUAAAUGCUUGAAGGUGCAGGUCCACCACUAUCUCUCCUAAUACCCAAGGUGGGACAACAGAGAACGGUACCGUGGGGCUUAACAUUAUCUCCCCUAUCCCUGUUCCAUUCGCUGUGUUUCCUAUCGUCUUUAAUAAUGUUUUUGAUGCUGAUUGGUAAACUAUGCUGCCAUAGUCUAGCACUGCCCUGUUUUCAAAGAAAUCCUGCUUGCUCCCCACUCUCUACCUCUCAAACACCUUCAAAUAUUCACAACCUUUUUACACUUUUCAAUAGCUUUUCCAAUAUGACUGGUCCAAGUAAGAUUCUUGUCGAACCAGAUACCGAGAAACACUCUACUCUCUCUAAACUUUCUCCAUAGAGUUCAUGUUUAAUCUAGUCCUGAAUUUUCCUUUUUGUGAAACAUACUGCCUUUGUCUUUGCCACUGAAAAUCGGAACCCCACUCCAUUGCCCAGCCCUCUACUUUCCUUAUUGCCUCUUGCAUUUUCCUGAUUACAUAAUCUAUAUUCCUUCCCUUUUUCCACAUAACUCCAUCUCCAAAUAAUGCAACACCAGUAGACCUAUCUAUACUACUAAACACUUCAUUUAUCAUGAUUGAGAACAGAACUGGACUGAUUCUACUCCAUUUUCCACUAAAUACUUGGUACUAUAUUCUUUUCCUACUCUUACUAAUAUCCACCUUGCUGUUAAGAAGUCUACACAUUCUCCCUCUUAUUCCCACUUGAUGUAACCUGAUCAUUAACCCUUCCUUCCACAACAUGUCAUACGCCUUCUCAACAUCAAAAAAUACAGCUACUAAACUCUCUUUAUUCAUUUGAGCUUUCCUAAUUUCAUUUUCCAAACACAGAGCUGGAUUAAUUGUACUUCUUCCUUUUCUAAAUCCGCUUUGGUGAUUCUUUAACAGAUCUUUUGUCUCUAUAUGAAACCUUAAUCAUUCGUUUAUCAUUUUUUUUCCUUUCUGCUAAGUCUGGAUCCUUACCUGGCUUACAUGUGGGGACAAUAACUGACUCUUAUUGACUUGGUUAACAUCCCUCUUCCCAUACCUUGUUAUAUAAUCUUAAUAAUAUUCCUUUACUCCUAUUACUUAGGUUUCCUAGCAUACAAUAACUUAUUUGGUCUCUCCCUGGCGUUGUUUUGCCAGUCUUUCUUAAUGCAUUAUUUAGCUCUCUUAUAGUAAACAACAUAUUUAUUGCACUUCCGUCUUCCUCAUCAUCCUGCAGUGCUUCUAAAUAUUUUCCUAUUGUUCUCUCUCUCUGUUUCUUUUCCUCAUUACUCAAAUUUUCAGUACUAUGUACCUUAACAAAUGUCCUUGUUAAUAACUCUGCUUUCUCCUUACCUUCUAUUACUACUUUCCCCCCAUCUUUCAUUAUAGAAUAUCCAUAUUCUUUUCUAUUUCCGUACAUCCUCUUAAUCAUCCCCCAUACUCGAUCUAACGGUGUAGUCCUUCCUAGUGAGCCACAAUACCUCUUCCAAAAGUCCCUUUUAACUCUCUUUACUGUGCUCCUAACUACUGCCUGCUUUAUUUUAUAGUCAAUAAGAUUCAGAAACGUAUGUGUUUUCUUCAAGACUUUAAAUGCCUUAUUUCAAUCUUGAAUCGCAGAAGUGCAUUCUUGUGUCCACCACGGUUUUUCCUUUUUGGUAUUGAUUCUUUUGCUGCUCCUAAUAUAAUACAAUUUAUUUCUGCAUUGAGGUCAUCAAUUGUCUGGUUCAUAUUUACCUCCUUUAAUUUCCCUUCAGUUAUUAUUCUAUACUUGUUCCACUUUGCUUCUUCAAAUUUCCAUCUUCCUUCUCUCUUAUCCUGUUCUACUCCAAUACUUGUGAAUAUACGAUAGUGAUCACUCCCUAUAGUGCUUCCCUUACUUACUUCCCACCUACUUUCCCAAACCAAAGACUGUGAUACCAAAGUAAGAUCCAUUGCAGACUCUGUACCCUUCACCAAAUUUACCCUUGUGCCUGAUCCAUCAUUUAGACACACCAAUUCCUUUUCGUUCAUUAGCUCCUCUACGAUUUCUCCAUUUAAAUCUUCUUGUUCGCCCCAUGCUGUGUGCAGUGAAGUCUCCACACCAGAUGAUAUUACCUCUCCAAUGUUCCAGUAUUGAUUCUAGUUUUACCUUAUCUAGUUGUUUGCAUGGGUUAUAGUAGUUUAAUAUUUUCAUACUUUCUUUUUUGCACCAUGUUUCAACAACUACUACUUCCAUUUCUUGUACUAUACUUAACGGUCUAUGUUUUAUACCUUCUUUAAUAAAUAUUGCAAACCCUCCACCAUUUCCUUUGUAUCUAUCUUUGCGUAUGCUUGUAUAUCCAUUAAUAAUGAACUCCAGAUUUGGCUUGAGCCAUGUCUCCUGAAUGCAUGACAUCUGGUUUCCUAUUUAACUUAUCAAUGUAACCUUUAAACUCCUGUCCAUUUGCUAUCAGACUUCUGGCGUUCCAUUGUAAUAGUAAUAACAUCAUAUGUGAAGCUGUCUCUGAGGUCCCUUCUCCCUGACUGAAGGUCAGCAUGUAUCUUUUCCCACGAUAAAUCUUUCAUAUUUAGGAAUUUAGCCGCUGUUUUAACUAUGAUUGAUUUUUUUCUGUCUUGGUUUUUACUUGCUCUGAGCUGUUGAUGACGUAGGCUAAAAACAGCCCUAACUUGUCCAUUGAUAUUCCUGUGUUGUCCUUAUGUACCUGUGCUGUUCCUGCAUUUGUUUCAGGAUGACUUUGGUUGAGUCCCUCUUCUUUCACUGUUACACAUCCUCACAGCCUCUGCAUAUUACUUACUUUCUGUUCUGAUCUUACUCUUUGACUCUCCACUGCCUGCUUCCUGAUGGUGCAACCACCAUACGCUGCUGUGUGGUUUCCUCCGUAGUUACAGCAUUUAACCUGAACAUUGCUUCCACACUCUCCAUAUGCAUGUUCUCCUCCACAUCUUCCACAUCUUUGUUUUCCUUUACAUACAUUGGCCGUAUGACCAUAUCGGUGACAUAAUGUCUUAUUGGAAGAGAACAUAUUCUCUCACAUUAAAGCUCAUGUAGCCUACCAUUACUUUUUCAGGAAGCACCUCAUCAUUGAACUGUAGCAAUACUGACUCACUAUCCACUUUCCCCCCAUUCCUGAAGGCCUGCAGCUGUCUAAUUCCUGUGAUUUUUCCUCCUUUCAUCACUUUCCUUAGUUCUUCCAAAUUUUCUCAGAUGGGGAUUCCUGUUAUCACUCACCUAGUUCCUCUCACAAACUGUCCUUCUUUACAUUAUUUCUUUUUUACAUGCUGUUCACUUUAUUUCUCUGCUCCACAUUUUUGCAUUUCACCAACAAACUGCCAUCACGCAACACCUUUGACAUUUCUAUAUCCCCAAUUGCCUUCCUCAAUCCAGUUGUCAAAGUUAUUGGAAUAAUCGAUGUUAUCACCUUAAAUUUAAAUUACCUUAAAUUCCUAUAUCAUAAUCUUUUUCCUGACAUCUCGCACUUCCUCCUCCUCUUCUAAUGCCCGUUUUCCCGAAGAGGUCAACUGGCUAUCUCUUUUAUCCUUCCUCUCUCCUCGUCCUUUCCUACUACUCACAAUUUGUGUCCAUUCCAUCUCCAUAUCAUCAUCCUCUGACAAUCCACUACUAUUUGCCAUUCUGAUCCAGUCACAAAUCAGAUUAUGCCAAAACCACCAAUUUGCUAGUGUAACCCUCUUCCUCAAUCAAAUGAGUGACGUCCAGUCAUACUUCAAUCCCUGGUCUACGCACUGAGACAAAGGAACACACAGACUAAAUACACUUGUGAGGCAAGGAUAACUAGACACAGGUGAAACUAAUCAGGGCGGGGCAGACAAUCAAAGCUGGCAGGAAACAUACAAAGGCAGGAAGUAAAGUGACUGAAAUGAGAACGUUUUACAAAAUAAAACAGGAAACACUGAAUAACAUGAAACAAAGAAGAACAUGAACUAGGGAGCAGAGCGGGAUGUGACAGAUAUAGCUGCAAUGUACUAUAUUUUUCUAAUUGUCAACAAAUCCAAUGAAAAGACCAAAACCAAUAGUGUGUCAGUCCAUCUCUCAAUACUCCCUACUCUCUGUGGCUCUCCACUCUAUGCCCAUUGGUUCCUACUAAUGACAUAAAUCUUUAAAAAUAGAGUUUACAAAUAUAUAGUUUCAUUUUAAAAAAAAGGAUCAGUAACAUCUUAAAAAAGCUGACCACUGUAGUUUUUAUCAAACGUUACUAAAACAAGAGGAAACAGUGCAAUUGUUGGGGACUAUUUUCAGCAGCAGAUAAUUCCACAUUUCAAAAUAAGCUACAGUGUGUGUUUUCAUGUUUCAGUUUUUAGACAACAAUGGAGCUCUGUGGCACAGAGGAUCAGGCUGUGAUACACACACAAUACUUGUUAGUAGGAUACAUUAAUAUUUGGUUUGGAGAUUUUUAUGGAGAUUUUUUGACGAGAAGAAAAAUAUAAAAUAUUGCCAACCUUAUCCUAUAAGGUACACAUGAUUUCCAUUGAGGAUGUCAUGAAUUGGAUGAUAGUUGAUUUCAACUUGGGAGAGAUAAUCAACUUUUCAGCUCAGGGAGGUCAUAAUAAUAAUAAUAAUAAUAAUAAUAAAACUUUAUUUAUAGAGCACUUAUCAAAACAAAGUACAAAGUGCUUCACAACAAGGGAAAUAAAAUACCACAGUGAAUGACGAAAUAUAAAGAAAUAAAAUACACAAAAGCAAUAAAAUAAACAGUAAAAUAAACAACCAGUUCAGGUAAAAUCAGGAUAUGCUUUCUGAUAAAACAUAGCUCAGGUCAUAGCUCAAUUGGCCUUUAAGAGUCAGAACUGGAAAACUAUGGAAGAAAAUAAGGGGUGAAACAAAUUGUUGCGCACGUUGGUGCAUAGCAGCACUGGGCCUUGACUACUGCCAUGUGGUUUAACUGGGAGGAAACGAAGUACACAAAGCAGACAUCCACACAACACCACCCUGAAAACUUUAAGAAUCAGCAAUACACUUUUCUUGUGCCGACAAACUUUGACCGUUUCCUACUACUAUCUCUGCGUAGCCUGGAGCUGUCAGUAAGCCAGCGUCUUAAACAAAAGGAUUCGACAUUCAUUUUGGGAAAAUUAAAAAUAAGCUCUUAUAGGCCUAGUAAAACUUUUUUAUAAUAAUUGUUUUAUUUGUUUGUUCAUUAGCUCUGUUCUGUAUAUAUUUGGUUAUACUAUCAGGUGUUUGAAUUUACAAAUAGAUUGAGGUCCAAGAGAUGGGGAUGUUGGGAAAUGCCUCUAUUGUUGGGAAUACAUAACUGCUUCAGAGGCACAAGGCAAUGCUUUGCUAUGGACAAGUUUCAAGUUUAAAUGCCAAUGCAUACAAUUCUGCUGAUAUUUCUUACAUAUGUCAUCAGAAUAUAACUAAGGUUGUGUAGGUUAUUUUUUCAUCAGAUUUCACUCAAUCAUGUUUUUUGUUAGUUCCACUGUGAUAAAGGAUUUGAGUCCAGCUUCAGUCUAGGCACAAUCUAGGCACUUAUAGAAUUUGGUCACGUUUUUUGGUAAAUCCUGUGUUAACUGCACAUCAGUAUCUUUUCAAGGCAUGGAUUCAGUAAGGUGCUGGAAACCUUCCCUAGAGGUUUGAUCCAUGUUCAAUCAUUAGCACCAUACAGUUCCUGCAGAUUUUGUUGCUGUGCAUUUAGAUGUUAGAUUCUGUUCACUACUGUUGAGCUGUUAUUGUACCUUGGUCUUCCUGUUUAGCCUGAUAACCAGACUGAAUUGCCAUUUUGAUUAAAUCCCUGAGAAUAUCAGAUAUGUGGGCAGUGAUUCAGAGGUAGCUACUCUACUGACCUCUAGACACUCUAUUUCUUGUUUAUCUCACCAUUCUAUUAACCCUAGACACUAUAGUGCAUGAACCUUUCAUGACUGUUUCUGAGAUGCUGGAACCACCAUGUGCACCAGUAAACAUAGAUCACACUUUUGCCCCUUAAAGAAUCAUUUCGGUUUACUACAACUUGUGUUGUCUUAAAAUUUGAUCCUUUUUUUCUAUGAUAGCAAUGAUCACAUUGUACUCACCAAAGUAACUGCUGAGCAUCCUUUUGGCAUGGAGCCUCAUCUUAAAUUGUUCAGAUGGCCAGUGAGAUCAACUAAGAAAGUGAGGUCUGCCAACCACUCAGUGUUGCUCAGUUCAACAACGACCUUUUUCUUUCAAAAAACGCUCAAUUUCAGAUCUCACAUGAUAUAACCGCUCUAGAACUGUCCCGCGACUAAGCCAGCCCACAUCUCAGUGGUAGAUUAUGUCCCUGUAUUGUGCAUCAAUUUCUGACAGGAAAGCCUGAAACUCCCACUGAUUAAGAGCUCUUGAAUGGAUGAGAUGAAUAGUUUUCAUCAUAAUACUCAUCACAUCAUCCAGGUGGGGAGCUCUGACGCAGAGUGCUUCCUGUUACUGAUUUUCCCAUAUGGUGAUAGUGACAGCUAGCAUUCACAAUAGGAACUGCAUCUUAAUAAUAGUUAGUGGGCCAAAUAUAAUUUUAAUAUUGAAAAAACUCACAGGUCAUAAAUUAAGGUAAAUAGACUGUAUUUGUAUAGCGCCUUUCUAGUCAUCCGACUACUCAAAGUGCUUCACACUACAUAUCGCAUUCUCCCUAUUCAUCAGUCCAAAGAAAGUAACUAACUAAUCAUUCACACACACUGAAAGCACAGCCCUCGGGAGAAAUUUGGGGUUCAGUGUUGCCCAAGGAAAUUCCAACAUGUGGGCUGGGGAAAGCCAGGAUUGAACCACCGCCCUUCCGAUUGGUGGACGUCCUGCUCUGCCACUAAGACAUAUCAACAACGGCUGUCCAGUUAACAUGAUAUUUAGUAUGGACAUUUAUGGUGCUGAUGAUUUUUGGCGGCUCCUAAUCUUCCCUCUAGCUCUGGCCAACUCUUUCCCCUUGACCAACACUUUGGUACAGCAUUUGUUUUGAAGCAUUUUAUCUUCUGUCAUCUUUCAUUCUUGUUUUUUUUAAAUCCAUUCUAUAGCUUACAUGCAGGAUAUAUACAGUAUGUAAAGAAAAAAGGUAGACAAGAUAAACAGAAUCAUUUUCCAUAGGCUAUUGCAGCAUUCUAUACUGUUUGAUAUUCAAUAAAGUUGUGGGAAUACAUGUGUCAUACAAAUGUGUCUUACAUUCUAAAUUGUAAAGAAAUAUAAUUUACAAUAAAAUUGACAUUAUGUGCUUAAGCUCCCAA